AUGAACGACUCGGAGACCAGGGAUUUGAACCAUUUCAUUGACCUGCUUGAGCGUUGCCUGACGCUGAAUCCCGACAAACGGCUCACGCCUGCAGAGGCGUUACGCCACCCCUUUUUUCCUCAGAAGACGCACCCAUCCACCGCCGCCCGAUAG